AUGAACAUAGCGAAAGCCUUGAAGAAAGUCUCGAAGAACAUCCAAAACAAACUAAGUCUGAACCCACAAGUUGAUCAUGACCCUCCCCACUCAGUUGUCCAUGACCACCCUCGCCAUUUUCUUGAACAUACGCCUCCCAAUGAAGCAAGAUCAAGUGUUGUACCAACUGCACGUCAUGUCGGUGAAGCAAGUUCGAGUGUUGUACCACCUCAAAAUGAUGGUGAUUGCUUAUUUAAACCAGUGGUCUUUUCCUUAAGUAAAAAGAGUGCAGCAGGAGGAACUGGAUCAGAAUUUCACUCGGAACUUGAGGCUUCAAAAUUAGUCCGUCACCAUAAUCUACUUUCUCUUGUUGGUUACUGCUUGGGAGAGGGAGAGAAGAUUCUGGUGUAUGAGUAUAUGCCUAAUGGGACUCUAAGUCAGCAUCUUUUUGAUUGGGAGGUCGAAGGACUCCAAUCACUCACAUGGAAUCAGAGAAUGAUCAUUGCCUUGGAUAUUGCAAAAGGUUUGGAGUACCUUCAUGGUAGUUUAACUAAGAGUACUAUCGUCCACGGAGACUUGAAGCCUUCUAACAUUCUUCUCGGAGAAAAUAUGAGGGCAAAGAUCGCAGAUUUCGGCCUAGGCUGUUUUAUUCCACACAACAAAUCCUCCAUCCGAACAGGAAACGCACGAGGAACAUUUGGAUAUAUCGCGCCAGAAUACGCAGGUUCUGGCACCGUGGCACCUCCAGGUGACGUGUACAGCUUCGGCGUCAUGUUGAUGGAACUGAUGACAGGAAGUAAAGCAGUGGAUGACAGCAGGGGUGAGGAUAGGCGGAGUAUUGUAACAUGGUUCCAAGAAAUGCGCAAGGAUGAAAACUUGUUAAUAAGUGCGGUUGACGAAACAAUUGAUACCACCGAAGAAGAUACGCUAGCUACUAUUGGCAUUAUAAGAAAGUUAGCUUUUAAAUGCACUGAAAGGAGUUCAGGUCGCAGGCCUGACAUGUCUCGUGUGGUUAGUGUGCUUUAUCCUCUUGUAGAAAAUUAG